AUGGUUGUAUAUUUUGGAACAUAUAUAGUUUCUGGAUUGACUAUAUGUCUGUUAUUAAUUGGACUUGCUAGUACCCAAAAUUGGUGGAACUUUGAAUCUUACAUAAAUCCAUUCAAACUUCCUGUAUUUACUCCACUGCCAAACCAACGGUUUACUCAUAUUCCUGAAGUCAAUCAAUACGUUCCGAUGCCAAACGAUGUUGUUGUUGACAUUCCAAGGGCCGGGAUGGGAAAGUUUAUUGGUUUUUCUACUACGAUAAAUUAUGACCAUACCUGGUCAAGGUGGCAACCAACAAGCGGUCGAUUGAUCAAUGCGUUUCUCGGAAUACCAUAUGCAGCACCUCCAACCGAUGAAAGAAGGUUCAGGGUUCCCGUUCCUGCUUACUUAGAUACCCGAUUUCCUUGGUUUGCAAAACGCUUUAGAUCAGCGUGUAUGCAACCACACAUUUGGCUUAGCCGAUUUAUACCAGGCUUUACAGAUAUAAGUGAAGACUGUUUGUAUCUGAACAUUUAUUAUCCAAAUAAUACAUUGGAUGCUUCUAAUACUCGUUAUCCUGUGAUUGUACAUAUUCAUGGUGGAAGUUAUGUUUAUGGUUCUAGUCAUAUGUAUCCAGGUUUAGCAUUGGCUUCCAAAGGUUUAGUUGUAGUAACAUUCAAUUAUCGUUUAGGACCGUUUGGUUUUCUCGCAACUGGUGAUCAUGCAUCGAUCGGUAAUUAUGGUCUAUGGGAUCAACUGCUUGCAAUCACUUGGGUUAAACAAAAUAUCGAAUGGUUUCAAGGUGAUCCUGACAAAAUUACAUUAAUGGGAGAAAGUGCGGGUGCGGCUAGCGUCGGUCUUCAUUUAAUCUCACCGUUAACACGAGAAAGAUAUUUAUUCAACCAAGCAAUAAUGAUGUCCGGUUCUGAUUUAUCCCAAUGGGCAUUCAGUGACCCAGCCAAAGUUCGUACACGUUAUUAUGCAAUUGAACUAGCUCAACGAUUAAAUUGUUCUUCAGUUCAAGUUAAUGCUAUAAAUGAAUCACAACAAUAUAUACGUAAUGCUAAUUUGCAUCGUUCAUAUACUAAUAAAACAUUAAAAUUGCCAUUUGGUGAAUCAUAUGUGAAACAACCUUUAAUUAUACCAUAUUCUGUACAAGUGGAUGCAUAUGCAUUAAUUUAUUGUUUAAGAUAUGAGAAGACUGCAGAACAAAUUAAUGAUGCUGUCCUUGAAUUACACUCUCUUCCAGGAGCUCCAUCAUUUGUCUGGACACCAGUUGUUGACGGAAUAUCUGGUUUCUUCCCACGUACACCAGCUAAAGAACGUUCAUUAGGUAAUUUCGCUAAAAUACCACUACUUGCUGGUGUUGUAAAAGACGAAGGUUCGCUGGCAUUAGAACACUUUUUAUAUCAAUUAGAUCAAUAUGGUUACACAAUUGAAAAUUUUACAGAUACUAUUGUAAGACGUUUUAUUGGUACCCUGUUAAAUGAUUUAAAUGUUUUUCGACAUAAUCAAACUGCGGAAGAAUUAUAUACACGUUAUACAUGGUGGUCGAAUCUAGAGAAUAAUACUGCACGAUGGAAACGUACUGUUGACUUGGUUUCAGAUAUGGAAAUUAAAUCACCAUUAGAUUCUAUUGUAAAAUAUCAUUCAGUCUAUUCACCGUCAGUUUAUUUCUAUGAAUUUUCCUAUUCCAGUCCAAAUGACAAACAAGCAACACCAGAAAUCGGAAUUUAUCAUGGAAUCGAAUUGCCUUUUCUAUUCGGAUUUCCUUUUAUGAAUAAAUCAAUUUGGCUAACAUUAUUUGGUAAGAAUAAUCCGUUACCCCGAUGUGUAUCAGACAAUUAUGUUUAUCCAUAUGAUACAAAUAUCAGUGAAUAUUUAUUGGAUUUAUGGGCAAAUUUUGUGAAAUAUGGAAAUCCAACUCCACAGAAUGUGAAAAAUAUUAAAUGGCCAAAUUUUAAACAACCGGAAGAAGCUUAUCUUCACAUUGAAUUGAAUAGUUCAAUUAAAUAUCAUUAUAGAUCUUCAGAUAUGGCAUUUUGGCAAUAUCGUUUUGAAGAAUUAGCCGAACCUGUACCAGCAUCUCCACCAAUUUACUACUAUCCUUUAAUUAAUGUACGAUUGACUACACUGAUAUUAGGUUGUCUUCUCAGUGUUGCGUUGAUUAGUUUAAUCAUAAUUAUUGUGUUACUGAUGAAACGUCCACAACCAAAACAAUUUAAAUCAAGUAUACGUCAUAGUACACCGGGUAGUGAAUUUCAUUCAUUAUUGAAAGAUUCAUUUUCUAAUCGUAAUGUUUAUUCAACGAAAAUGUCAACUAUUCCUUGGUCUCAACCACCAACAACAACACCAAUCUUACAACCAUUAACAAUAAGAUCAACAUUACAACAAUCACCAAAACUACCGAGAAUAAGUUCUUUCGCUUAUCUUAAAUCCAAUGAUCAGAUUAGACAAAAACAAUUGAGUUUGUCUAAUUCAACAACAUCAUGUACAAGCUACCACAUAUCAUUAUAUCCUGAAGAGAAAUUUCCUAAUAGAUUAUCAACUAAACAGAAUAAUACUAAUAAACAUCCACCACCUCCCCCAGUACCACCAAACCGUGUAAAAUCCGCAUCUUGUUCUUCGAAUGCAUCAUUGUCAUUGAUAUCAUCCUCAUCAUCCUCACCGACGUUGGGAUCAUCAAUGAGAACUUCAAAAUUACACAGUCAAAGACAAAUAAAACACAAACAUGAUAAAAAUAGAUUAUCACAUGGAGAUGAUCAUGAUGUCGUAAUGAAUCGGAAAGAAUCGAAAUCAUCUGAUCGAUUAUUGUACACAGGACACACGAUGAAAAAUGAUUGUAUUGCCCUUCCAAUUACAGAUAUACAUAAUAAUAAUUAUGAUUACAAUCCAUAUGUUACAGAUGUUUAA